GUCCGCCGGUCAGCAGAAUUGGGCCAUCCCAUCACCUGGGCCGAGCGCCUCCCCCUCCCGAUGGUCAACUGGACUGGUGCCACAGAAGAGCUGGGUAGGCUGGGUGAGGGCACUUCUGCGCUUCCAGGAAGAUGCUGAGCGUGGGCUUCCCAGGGCUGCUGCCAUAAGGGAGCGAGCAGCAGCAGCAGGUGCCUUGAUGGUGAAGUAGCCCAGGGAGCAUGCAAGGGAAGUCACCUGGGCCUGGGGGUUCAGGAGGACCCCUCCCAUUCCCCCUUCCCAACUGCCCUGUUCCCCUUGGCAUUCAUUGCUCUAGUUUUCAGGGGUGAUUGGCUGGGGUCUGCGGUGGAUUCAUCCCACUCCUAUUUAUUUAUCUAUCUAUCUAUCUAUCUAUCUAUCUAUCUAUCUAUCUAUCUAUCUAUCUAUCAAAUUUAUAUAGCCGCCCACCUUACAAUUGUGACCCUGGGUGGCGUGCAAUAAAAAAGUAAUGCUGGAUUGUUGGGAGAGGUCAGAAUCCAAGCAGGUUGAGCUGAAAACCUCCCACAGUUUUGUUACUACUCAGUGGUCGAGGGACAGAGAGGCCAGGCAGUUGCCCACCGUCUGCAGAUCUCUGUUUGCGGAAAAUUCUGCUAAGGGGGAAAGACUAAGUUUUGGGGCAGUGCUUCUCAACCUUAGCCAUUUUAAGGUGUGUGGACUUCAGCUCCCAGAAUUCCCCAGCCAGCAUUGUCCACACACCUUAAAAUGUCUAAGGUUGAGAAACACUGUUUUAGGGAGUAACGAGGGUGGCUUCUAAUCCAGCAAAUGGUGUUCUGGGGCCUCUCCCGUCACAGGGCUUGGGAAAGAGAAGCUGGCAGUGACAGGACUCUUCGAGAAUCCAGGCCUCUUCGCUUGUUUUCUCGCCUAGGAGAAAAAAACAUCAAAAGGGUCUGGGGUCUGGGGAAAGGUACCGCCUGCUCUGCUGGGCCCACAUCCUCCCCCUCCCAGCUUGGCUGCUUGUGCAGCAAGAACAUCCCUAACCAGUUUUUCAUUCAUUCUAACGCUCAUGCUCCGGCAGCUGCUCUUAGGAUUUUUUCCACUUUUUUCCCAGGGACUCCAUUAUGAUAGAGGAAAUGGGCAGUGACAAAUUUGAUAAAUAAAUAGUAAAGGUAAAGGUUUCCCUUGACAUAAAGUCCAGUCGUGUCCGACUCUAGGGGGCGGUGCUCAUCUCCGUUUCAAAGCCUUGGAGCCGGCGUUGUCCAUAGGACACUUGACUCACGGAACGCCGUUACCUUCCCGCCGAAGCGGUACCAAUUAAUCUACUCACAUUUGCAUGUUUUCGAACUGCUUGGUGUGCAGGAGCUGGGACGAGCAACGGGAGCUCACCCCGCCGCGCGGUUUCGAACCGCCGACCUUCCGAUCGACAGCUCAGCGGUUUAACCCGCAGCGCCACCGCGUCCCUCUAUAAAUAAAUAAAUAAAUAAUACUUUAAAAAAAAAAAAAGAAAGAAAGACAAGCCACUCUAAAAUAUUUGCAGAUUCUCCUUCCCCACCCCACAAAACCUGUGGCACUUAAACUUUCUGAAAUUUGGCUGGGACCUCAUCUUCAUCCCUUCGGGCUUUAUACGAUGUGUUGUCCAGGCAGGAACAGGAGGGUCUUCAAACACACCACUGAUACAACAUGACAAGGCAGCUUCCCUACGACCACCCCGAUCCCUUUGUGGGUUUGGUCCCCAAAUGGGAAAAAUAUCCCCCUAAACUAUCAGCAUGUCAAGAAACAACGGUGUUAAUAGCAGCUCUGCAUUCCAGCCCCUUCUGGGGUCUCCUGUGAAUCCACCUGGGACAAAUUUCUUAAUGGGGGCACACGCUAGCUACUGCUGCCAUGGACACCCCACACCCUAACCCUCCCCCUCCUUGGGAUGUCUUGGGGUCCCCACUGACCGCAUGGGCUAGAAUUGGAUGGCCCCGAUUUUGGUGGGAAAGGAAUGAAAGCUGUGGUAGAUGCUCUGAAACAGCCCCAGCUCCAAAGCCCCCUGGUUGGAUGCGACCCUCUCCUGUUGCUGCAGCCUCUGCGGAGGGCUCCUCGCCCCAAAGCCCUCGGCCCUGCCUGGAUAGGUCCCGCUCUGCCCCCAGAGCCCCUCGGAGACCCUUCUUUCCUCCUGAGCCCCCUCGCAAAGCCUGGGCCCGGGGCCACAGCCAGCGUGGACUCCUCUCGCCAGGGGCACCCUUCCUUGCAGAGCCCCCAGCCUGUCAUGGAGAGGAGGAUUGUCCCCCCUGGAGCUCGUGUGAGGACCGUGUGGGGCGCAGAGCUUGCCGCUGUGGGCUGGGCUACCAUCUUCACCCUGUGCUGGGCUGUGUGCCAGUCAAGGUGUUCCCUGCCCAGCUGCAGCUCUGCAACCUGGACAUCGCGGAGGCCUCGUCCUUGCUGGUCACCAGCCAGGUCCAGCGCUUGUUCCAGCACAUCUUGGGGCAUUUGGAGGGCUACCUGGACUCCCCCAUUCAAGACCUGAAGAGGAAAAUGGAGUCGGGGUCCCUCAGCAAGCCCCCUGAACUUCUGGAGGAAAGCCGGUCUGGCGGAGAGGCGACCAUCUUGCACCACUUUUCUGCUCGGGCACCAGUCACAGGCCACGAGGUAGAUGCAGCUGUGGACGCCUUCCAGGCAUGGUGCCACAACCACAGCCGCCUGCCUGGUGCUCCAGCCUGUGACCUCCUGCACCACGUGGGCACCUACCGGGGCUUGGACCUCUGCCGGUUUGAUGUCUGCGACCCCCUCUCCACCGCCUGCUCCUUCCAGGACGGCCUGGUCCACUGCACCUGCCGUCACGGCUUCUUCCGGGCACAUGCCCUGGACCGCAUGUGCACAGCUUGUGAGAGUGGGUCUUGGCUGCAGAAUGGCACUUGCGCCAGGUGUCCGUUUGGGCUCGGCGGUGCUGGCUGCCAGGAGCCUUUCCUUAUGGCCCUGGUGAUCGUCUCCUGUGCUGCCGGCCUCCUGCUGUUGCUGCUGUUGGGGCUGCUGCUCUCUGGAAGAGCUCCCCCCACCCAGGACCCCCAUGCGGCCCUGCCACUUCCCCUCCGGUCAGCAGCCUUGAGUCUCCCUCGGGCACAACCGCCGUGGUCCCUGCCAGAGCCAGAGGAAGCCCCCCUGGGGAGCCAGGCCCACUUGGCUCUUGAGGACCCUGACAGGGAGGGGAAGUGUGCAGCUGGAGCCCCCAGGAUGAAGACAUUUCUGGGGUCACAGGGUCCUCCUCCCUCUGCCCCACUGACAGUGGGAGGCUGCAGCAACCUGAUCUUCAUUGGUGACACAGGAGAGCAGACAAAACAGAACUACUUCUGAGGAGCUAGAUGGUUCACCCCAGAUAGAAUUUCCUUUUGCCAAAGGAGUCCCUGGUGGAAGGCUGCCAGUAGCCAAGAGAAAGGAGGAGGGUCUGGGAGAACUGGGCUAUCUGCAAGGAAGCGGGGGAGGGUCACCAGCUCAUCCUCCCAGAUAUAGCUGCUGGCUGGGAAUUCUGGCAGUUGUGGGCCCAAUCCAUCUGGGGAGCCAGGCUGGGAAGGCCAAUGCCUGCGUUCCAUCUCCAGAUCUGCAGGAGAGUGUCAUUGGAGGUGGGUGGGCUCAUUCUCAGAUGCAACCAAGACAUUUUGAGCCCAAGAUUGGAACUAUUAAAUGUUGCUUUUUCACCCUCUGACUCAUGGAUGGCAAAACUAUUGCUAAUUAAAAGAUAAUUCCAUUUCUUUAAACGGUCUCCCUGUUGAGUAACCUGAGGCAUGCUGUCCUUCAAGGCCAUCAGUCACCCAUGGACAGGAAAUUUACCUGGUGUAUCAUUCUGCUCCAAAGAGGUGGUUGUCUGAGGAGGUGUGGGGUUUUCUGCCAUACGUGUUCCUCCUUGGCCAGUCUGCUCUGAAAAGGCAGGAAGAAGAGUCCAGCACCUUUUCUAUAGGAAAGUUGCAGAUAUGCAACCAGGAAAUGAAGUUAGUGGUAGGAGUUGAGGAAACCUGCAGGCUUCAGGGUCUCUGGAGAGCUGGGAAGGUGUCUACCCAUAGCUCUUCCUGUGACUGCUCUGAUGGCCCAGUUCACUGUGCCCACACAGAGUGGGUUCACUUGGUGCCACAUCCUCUGCAUGUCCCUGGAGGAUGUCUGCUCCGGUCCUGCAAGGUGGACAGAGCAACCAGCAGGCCAAUCCCUCCUUUCCUUCAGAACAAUCCAUUUGCUCUGCUGAAACAUCUUGUUUUUAAUGGCUGGAAUUCAGUUGAGUCAUUCUAGCUCACAAAGCACGGACAUUUUGUUUAGGAUCUUGGGUGGAAAGCCAAGAGCAGAAAUAAAAAUACCAGUUUUAACCAA